AUGGAUGGAUUCGUUGCUAUGACAAAUACGGAUAGAUUUGAUAAAUCAUUACACGAACUAGUGAAUUUUGCAGAGAGUGUUAAAUUACGUGAAAAAGAACUUGAAGAUCAACAUAAUUUAGAAUUAGAAAGAUUAAAAACUGAAUAUGAUACACAACUUCAAAUUGAACAAAAACGAGUUCAACAACUUCGAGAAACCAAUCAGACAUUAAAAGAGCAAUGUGAACGUGGAAUACAACAACACAUUGAUCAUGACGCAAAUAAUGCAAAAUUGCUUAAGAAAUAUAAUAUUUCACUUGAAGAAUGCAAAGUAAUAAAGGAGCAACAUAAUAAAAAAAAUGUUCGUAUUGAAGAACUUGAAAGAAUUGCAAGAAUAUUACAAAGUGACAAAGAUAAACUUGUUAUUGAAUUAACACAAGUUAAAACCGAUAAUCAGAAUUUACAUGAUAAAAUCAAAGAGCUAUCAGCUCCUCCUCCUCCGGCAACAACAACUUCACAAAAUAUACCUGAUGAAUUUAUAAGAUUAGUUGAAAAAGCAGUUGCAGAAAAUAAUGAAUUUAAAAGAUCUUUAGGUGAACGUGAUAAUGAAAUUCAAAAACUUACUGAACAGUUAAACAAAGUACAAAGUGAAGAUCCACAAAUUGUUGAACAACGUCUUUUACAAACAAUUGCUAAACUUAAAAAUGAUUUUCGUAUAAUGUAUGAAAAUCAAUCAAGUUUUUUUCUUCAAAAAAUUGAUCUUCUCAAACAAGAACAACGUGAUAAUAUAGCUAAUCUUUAUAAACAUUAA